UCCCACUGCCAUGGUGACCAUGGGGAGCUGAAGGAGCUGCAGACACCCAGAAAGCAGCACAGGAGAAAGGAAACCAGUGGUCUUGAACUAGCUGAGCAAGUGGCCAUGUUUAUCACUGUGAUGUUUGGAGCUGGUUGUCAGGUGCUGGUGAACACCUGGUGCAGCCUGGUGACCUUCAUUACGCAUCUGAAACAGAAAGUUCAGGUCCCCCCAGAAGUAACCAUUGCUCUUCUGGCUGAAGAUGGGCAUCUGGUGAAGCUGGAAGAGGGGAUCGCCCAGGCCCCCUCCAUGGCCUGUUCCCUGCUACAGGAGCAAGGGACCUAUGUCCUGGUACAGAUCACUGGAGGGAAAGAUGGGACUCCCACCCACUAUGAGUCCCUACUGGACAACUUAGAUGACCAGUUUCCAGAGUUAGCAGAGGAGCUCUGCUGGCUCUCCGGCUUUCCAGCUACAAGCAAUAGCCAGAGAAGACGCCCAGGCAUUCGGCGUGGCCACCGGGAACAAGGCCCUUCUUCAAGGUCUCGAAGGGUGGCCUCCCUACCAUCUAGAAACCGCUAGCUGGAGCCUGAGCCAGCAGGUCCUAUGACCUGGCGCCCCACAGUCAAGUGGCCCAGCUGGACUUGGAUCCAAAGGGACUGGCCCUGACCUCUGCAUUAUGAUGAUCAACUGCACCCAGACCGCAGUCCAGCAGGACUCUCCUCUUUCAGAAUCUGGCAUUACUAAGAAGUUGCAUCAGCAAGAAGGGAAAGGUCACAGACAGGAUGUGAGAGCCCCUCCGCUCCCCCCAUUUGAGCGCAGAGAAAAGGAUCCAAGGACAAAAACAAGAAGAGAGGAGGGGCCGAUGUUCCUGUGGGGCAGACAGCAGGAUCCUCUCAAGGUUUCAGGUCCCAGGGACUAAGGCCUCAGCCCUCUCCCCCUACUUAGAGAUCCCUAGAGGAAUCUGUCCUUGGCUAGUUACAAUGCAGAUAAUAACUGGGUUCCUCCCACCCCACCCUAGAGAUUCAAGGACAGCCCAGGGUUACACAGCAGGAGAUAUUCUUU